UCUUUGUACCUGCUGAAUGAGCACUAAAUUAACCCUGACUCCUCAACCUCAUCCCUGUGGAGCACUUGGUUAAAACCUUUUUUUUUCUCAAUCAUUUAAAGUGUAAGGGAGACCAUCUUUUGUUUUUUCUUCUAUCCCUUCAUCUCUUGGCAGUCUAUUAACACUGGAUGCAUCUCACAUCUCCAUCUGAUCCUGGACUGAUUUAAUCAUCUGGCCUGUCCUCUGUCCUUUGAGAGAGUACUCCCUAUGUGCCUCUUCCCAUCAUCACAAAGAACUGACUGUUACUGUUAAAGCUAUAGGAAACGCACACAGGAGUGGUCCAGGAUGGCUCUCAAUGUGCCGGGUCUAAUAGUGAUGGUGGGAUUCUACCUGCUCAUUUUGGGUACAGGAAUCUGGGCUUCCAUGCGCUCCAGAAAAGAGGAGAAGAAGUGCACAGGAGAUGGCAUGGAGAUAACACUCCUGGCCGGACGUAACAUCAACCUGCUAGUCGGCAUCUUCACUCUUACUGCUACAUGGGUGGGCGGAGGCUUCAUCCUUGGUAUAGCUGAGGCAACAUACAACCCAACACUAGGUGCAGUGUGGGCUCUUAUGCCUGUACCAUAUGUCCUGACUUUUUUCUUAGGUGGUUUUUUCUUUGCCAAGCCUAUGAGAGAGAACAAGUACUUGACAAUGAUGGAUCCCUUCCAACAGAAGUAUGGGAAUGUUCUGAGCACUGCGCUGAUCUUUCCCGCACUGGUGGCUGAUGUCCUGUGGGUGGCUCGUACACUUGUCAGCCUGGGUGGAACUAUGAGUGUGAUCCUGGACCUGUCCUACGUCUACUCCAUCAUCACCUCCUCAGUAGUGGCCAUAAUCUACACACUGCUUGGGGGGCUCUACUCUGUGGCUUACACAGACGUCAUCCAGCUCAUCCUCAUCUUUAUCAGUCUGUGGGUGUGUGUUCCUUUCCUGAUGACCAACCCUCACUCUCUGGAUAUCUCACUAACUGCUUACAACCAGACCUUACAAACCAGUCCCUGGGUCGGCACGGUGGAGCUCGAUCAGGCCGGCAAGUUUUUUGAUGACUUCAUGCUGCUGGCUCUGGGCGGUUUGGCCUACCAGGCAUUCUACCAAAGAAUCUUGUCGGCCUCAUCUUACACCCAGGCUCAAGUGACUUGCUUUGCCUCGUCUGCCUUCUGCCUGGUGCUCGGUAUCCCCUCCGUGCUGAUCGGCGCUGUGGCUGCAUCAACAGACUGGAACUCAACCAGCUACGGAUUGCCAACCCCAUAUGAGCGUGACCAGGCAGGCUCCAUCCUCCCCAUCGCCCUGCAGUUCCUCACGCCCCCCUACAUCUCUGUUAUUGGGAUUGGAGCUGUGGCUGCGGCUGUCAUGUCCUCCAUGGACUCGGCUCUUCUGUCCUCAGCGUCCAUGUUUUCCUCUAAUGUCUACAAGAACAUCUUCAGGAAGCAGGCAUCAGACCGUGAAAUGCAGUGGGUGAUCCGUAUCUCAGUGGUGGUCGUGGGCCUAGCUGGCACUGCUCUCACUUUCCUGGACAGCAGCGUGCUGGUCUUCUGGCUUGUGGGCGUCGACAUGUCCUACACCAUCAUGUUCCCUCAGCUGGUCUGCAUCCUCUUCUUCAAGGUGUCCAACGGCUACGGAGCCAGCGUGGGCUACUUGAUGGGAAUCAUCUUGAGGGUCAUGAGCGGCGAGCCCCUCAUCGGCCUGCCGCCAGCCAUCAAAUUCCCCGGUUGCCGACUGGACGGCGAAGGAAGGCUAACCCAGUUCUUCCCCUUUCGCACCACAAUCAUGGUCAUGUCACUUGCUUCCAUUCUGAUCGUCUCCUGGCUGGCCUCCGUCAUUUUCAACAAGGGUCUGCUGCCUGAGAGUUGGGAUGUGUUCAAGAUCAAACGCACGCAGACGACAGCAAGUGCUGCGGACCACAAGAGGACCAUCUCUGAAAAGGAAGACGCAUCUGUGGCCAGGCAGCUCUUGGACACCACCAGCUUAUGAAGAGGCACACAAAAGAAAUAGAGAUGGACGAUGGGGAGUGGAUGGAGCAGAUAUGUUUGUCUGCUUAGCAGGAGUUCACAGAGGGGGAACAAAGGAAAGACUGGACAUUAUGUACAGAAUCUGUAUCACAGUGACAUUGUGGUGAUGACUAUUACAUUAGCAGUGUGAUAUGAGCUCUCUGGCACCUUACUUCAUAAGUUGCCUUAUUCGGUGUAAAUAGGCUCCUUGGGUAGAAUAAUUAGCAGAAAGCCAGCAUUUAGUAUAAUGAAUGUGAUAACAAACAUAAAGGCCCCAAUCUUUUCCAUUUCAACAUGUACGCUGACACACAAAGAACCCAGAGGCGGGUUUAACCACCAAGCUAUUUCCAUUCAUUGGAUAUCAUUUAAGAAACAAGUUCACAACAACAGUUAUAUUCAUUAGAAACUCAAAACAAGAAUAAUAGAUUAAUGAGAAUGUAUUUUACCUCUUUUUGAUAAAUUAAGAUAGUGCUUUAGGAUUCUUUCAUGACCAAUGACAAUUCAGUUCCUGAAGACCCCAACACUGUGGCAACCUGUUAUGGCACAAAGGACACCCGCACAAGGAACUGAGCAGUCAAUCCACCAGUAAAAUAUUAUAAAAUAAUAAAAUAGCUCAUAUAGAAAUGUUUGUAAUUGUUCGUUAAAAUUCAGUUUUUAUGUUGGAGAAGCUAAACAGAUUGGGUCAUGUAGCUGAUAAGAAAACAGGAGCAAACCCAGCCGACUUCAUUCUUUACUGAAUAAUCUUUUGUUUGUCUGAUCGGGGUGUAUCUCAGGACACCAAGCUUAUCGUUCAGUGUAAACCUCUGGGAAAGAUUUGCAGCUAUGUGCAGCAUGACAGGGCCCUCUUUUACACCAGAACAAAAAAGAAAAACUACCCAAGGAACGAGGGCACGGCCUGACACGUUCCUUGGCACAUUUUUUGAAAGAUUUUUGUGAUCUGAUCUCUGCUGCUUCCAGCUCUACUAUACGGCAAAGAUGAUUUUUCUUAGCAUGUAAGUCAAUAUUAUAUAAUCACACUUUUAACUUCCUUUAUAUAACUUUUAUGUACAAUCAUAGUUACAAUCAUGCUUUUAUUCUAUAAUAGCAGCUGUGUUAUGAUCAAACUGCUUUGCUUUGAAAAAUCUCAGAUUUAUAGCAGCCUUAAAAUGUUUCUCUGUUGUUUUUGUAAAGACUAAUCUUAGUUUAAAUCUGUGAAUGUGCGGAGAGGACAAACAGAAUUAUAAGAACAUUUCUAAGGUAUAAGACCAGACUUGGAUUUCAGUGCAAUGCUGGGGGUUUUAUUCUACAAGCACUUUUUAAAAAGUAUACAGAGGUGACACAAACACUAUUUCAAGAUUUUAAACGAUUUACACGUCGAUUUUCUUUUUUUUUUUACUUACCUCAGUAAGUUUUGUUUGUGUUUGGUCAAGAAUAGCAGAAAUAAGAGACAGAAAUGCAAAAAAACAACUUAAUCUCCAUUUAUCUCACAGCUAUUGCAAGGGCCUCCAAACAGCAAUCUACUCAUAUGACAUAAACUCAUUGUAGCAGUUUUCUUCAACUACGCGGAGAGAAAGCACUUCAGACAUAUCACUACUUUUCUUCUCCACCCAUCAGUGUGAGACAUGAUCCUCUCAGUGUUUCAUUGUCUUUGUACUGUGUAGUUUUGUUUUGUCAUUACUUAUUGAAAAGUUGUAGUUUACAGUCCAAUUUACUUUUUUUCCCCUUUCCGUUGAAGAACAUCCGUGCAAAUGAGACUCUCAACAAUGAACAGUAAAGAUUUACAUCAGUGCAUAUUUACACCGUAUUAUUUGUGAGACGUUGUUCAACCACAUCUCUUUUGUUAAAAUGCAUAUGUGUCAUUAUACUGAGCCUGUAACUAUAGUCUGUUGUGCAAAAUGGUCCCUGGUAUAAUCUGACAGACCGACAGCCUUCCUCUACUAAACUGUUGCCUUACAUGUCACUGGAAACUGGUUUCACUCUGCUGUCAGUGCUUCUGUACUGGUCAUCGUAAUGUGGGUGUAUAAUCUAGUCAUUGUUUAAAUACCUCAAGGGCCGGUAAUGUUUGCUUUAAGUAUCAGGACUACCACCUAUAUUGUGACUUCUAUCCAAAGCAUACUGUGUGAAUGUCAUUUUCCAAAGACUUAACACACAAAAGAAAGUGUGUAUGAAAACAGGACACAUUCAGGACACAAUGCAUCUUUUUCUAUGUGUUAUUGUGAUUUCUACCUGUUUUAAAGUGUUGUACUAUACAGCCUAAUCAUGAUUUCUUUUUUCGAUAUUUACACUUUUUAUUUUUUUAUCGGUUGAUCACGAUGCGUUGAGGAUUUGACAAGAGAAACACACGUGUAUUUUAUCUCAAGUUAGCAACGUUAAAGGCUUUAAAUGCGAUUUUUCAAACUUAAAUGUAAUAUAAAUCAAGUAUAUCCUCUGAAAAUAACUCUGUGAGUCAUGACUGUCUACAAUGGGUGUAACACCCGAGUCCCACUGUCUGUGAUGUUUUCAGAGUUUUCAGAGUCCUAUCUUCAGUUUGUUGACAUCGUUGGGACGGCCGGCUGACUCCUCCCCUCAUGUAUAAAAGUUGUUUAAUUGAGGGACUAGAGAAAAGAAGAAUAACAUACUGUACUCACUGCUUAACUGUGUUUCUAGAUCACGCUCAUUUCAGGUCAAUUUACAUGCAGUGUGAAGAUACCAGUAUAAUAAAGAUCGCUAGUAUUAGCAUGCUAACACAACAAUGCAGCGCAAGUUGUUUUGGGUUCAUGCUGGUGCUCAAGGGCGACAUCAAAAAAUCGCAUAUGAAGCCUUUAAAGUGAAACAAAUUCACCUUCAAUUUUGCAGAACAUUAAAUGAUAUGUCAUCUUUACAGAAUUACAAAACUGUCAAUCAGUGUUUUUCCUGUGUAUUGUAAGCAUCACAGUAAAAACAUGUUACAUACAGAAAAGACAGUUCGCCUCGUAGAGCAAACAGGCGAGCCUGACGACGCCUCCAGACUUGACUUCUUGCAAGAAAACGAGCCAGCAGCCAGCAAGCUGUUCACAACACACUGUAGGAUGGGAAAGGACGCCUUGAUAAUGGUGCACGGUUAUGUUAUCUGUUCAUUACAUCACUUUUAAGGACAAGGGUUGUUUUUUUUCCAUGUUGGGUCAUUCUCUGAAAAGUUGUUAGUUUUAUAAUAUAAAUAGGUGAUGAGUUCUUUGUUGCAUUUUCCCCUUAUAAAUGUAUUUGGUUUUAUACUAUUAUGCAUGUUGAUUUUGAUUAACUGUGUUGUUUGUAUAACGAACCUUUGUGAAGGCUGUUCUCUCUUGCCAGUUGGCAAGGUCCUACUUUGUAAUCAAUUUAAUGUAAAUCCCCAUGGGGUGAUGUUCUGUCAGAAUAAAGGCUGAAACCAAUGA